AUGGGCAUCUUCUUGUCCUUACCUGUGUAUAGUAAGGAAAUAAGGAUCAAAAUACGGCUCAUUUGGGAAAGGCGACGCAAGAAUAUGAUGGUGCAACAGGCUUGCCUCCACGAAUGGCAGAAUCUAAUUGCAUUGGCUGCCAAAAGGGGCCUCUCAGGAGAGAAGGAACUAAAGGAGUGGUCUCUGAGCAUUGAGCAGAGGAAAAAGUUGAAGGUGCAAGAAACUUGCCACCACGAGUGGCAGAAUCUAAUUGCCUUGGCUGCCAAAAAGGACCCUUCAGGAGAGAAGGAAGUACAAUGGGACUCUAACCAAAUCUUGAAGAUGACGAUGCGUAAUCUGAGCCAUGCUCGAAGUAAGGAAAUAAGGAUCAAAAUGCGGCUCAUUUGGGAAAGGCGACGCAAGAAUAUGAUGGUGCAACAGGCUUGCCUCCACGAAUGGCAGAAUCUAAUUGCAUUGGCUGCCAAAAGGGGCUUUUCAGGAGAGAAGGAACUAAAGGAGUGGUCUCUGAGCAUUGAGCAGAGGAAAAAGCUAAAGGUGCAAGAGACUUGCCACUACGAGUGGCAGAAUCUAAUUGCAUUGGCUGCCAAAAAGGGCCUUUCGGGAGAGAAGGAAGUACAAUGGGACUCUAACCAAAUCUUGAAGAUGACGAUGCGUAACCCGAGGCAUGCUCGAAGGUAG